AUGGAGCGGCCCACUGUAGUGCCCCUAGCGGUCCACCUACCAAAUGAGCAGAUAGUUACGUUCCCUGCUAACGCUACCACUGCAGAGUUAUCAGCCCGCCUGGAGCGAUCUGUAACUACGCUUACGGCGUUCUUCCAGCGCAACGCUGACCAUGAGUAUGGCCGUGAGGUCCUAUAUCAGGACUAUCCAUCCCAGUUUGUUUGGCACCUCCCGUCACGGACCUGGCACGUGCGUCAGCGCGGCACUGCGAUUGGCCGCAUGUACUUUUGCAGCCCGCUACAGGGUGAACGGUUCUAUCUACGGCUUCUCUUGACUACCGUACGGGGUCCACAGUCCUACGCGGACCUGCGUACCUUUAGCGGCACAGAGUAUCCUACUUUCCAGGCCGCCGCAGCUGCCCGCGGGUUACUGCUACACGAUGGAGACUGGGUAGCCUGCUUCCAGGACGCCGUUACGUUUGCCACAGGCCAGGCGUUACGGUACUUCUUCGUUGCUGCUCUCUUAAAUGGGCCUGUUACAGAUCCAGCUGCUAUCUGGGCAGCCUUCCAGGCGGAUUUGUGUGACGACUUACCUGAGGCUGCUGCUGCCCUGCUAGUAUCCGCAGAUCCAGACGCGUACCUUGACUACGGCCUGUAUCUGAUAGAAGGGCUGCUGGCAGAGUCUGGCAAACGUCUUACGGAUUUCUCACUCCCUGCGUGCCAGUUCAACUGGGGAGUACGGCUGCAGAAUCAGCUUCUUGCCGCUGAGCUGGCCUACGAUACAGACGGGCAGGACACUGCCUUCUGGGACACUGUUACAGGGCUGAAUAUGGACCAGCGCGCCGUAUUUGAUGCCGUUACUGCCGCUAUUGAGGCUGACCACAGCACUGCCCACUUCUUCGUACAGGGCCCAGCAGGCACAGGCAAGACGUUCCUCUGGCGCUGUAUAUGUGCCUACUAUCGCUCUACAGGCCAGGUGGUCCUGUGCGUUGCGUCGUUGGGUAUAGCUGCUGUCCUGCUGCCCGGCGGCCGCACUGCCCACUCCCGUUUCCAGAUCCCGUUGGAUAUCCACGACGAUUCCAUCUGCCCUGUUGCUCCAGGCUCGGAGCUUGGGCGGCUGCUGCAGGCCGCUACUCUAGUUAUCUGGGACGAGGUGCCUAUGCAGCACCGUUACUGCUUCAAGGCAGUCCACCGUAUGCUGCAGGACGUCCGUAGCUCCCCUGCCCUGUUUGGCGGCCUCCCUGUAAUUGCCAGCGGCGAUUUUGCCCAGAUCCUACCCGUCGUCCGCCGGGGCCAGCGGCCUGCCAUCGUCAACGCCUGCCUGCAGCAGUCUACGCUCAUAUGGCCGCACAUGACCGUACUGCACCUGCGUCAGAAUAUGCAGGUGCUAUCUGGGGCUGACAACACCUGUUUUGCAGCCUAG